GGGUGAGAGGAAAAACAUGGCAAAUAUCCGACUCAGGGCUGCAGUUAACGCUAGUUUACUUUAGACUUCUGACUUGAAAGCAAGAGGUCCCCUGUACUUCCACCCGUUAGCUGGUUGUUUUCCGCUCUGUUAUUCUGUCCAUCUGUCCAUGCAGAGCCAUGUGCGCCGAUGUGUGGACCACCACUCUUUGGAGGAGAGCAGCGGUUGUUGUGGUUCCUCGUCUGCUCUAGAUUCUGUACACUGGGAAGUGUGUUUCAGAUUUCAGAAGAUGUACCUUCAGCGAGGCUGACUGCUGAGUCUUUAAUUUGAUGACUGAAAGCCAUCGCAUAAAUUCUGACUGUGCUUUAACAGACAUAGAUUGAGAGCCAGAGAGAGCAAAACCAGCUGAAACUGGACAGAGGAGAAAACAAGAGGCUGAAAGGAGUGAGAGAGUGAGGGAAAGGAUGAAGAGAGGAAGCAUCUUGUCCAGCAGAAGUCUAGAGAUGAGUGAAAAAACUCCACAUUCAGCGGCCGCUCCUGAUGGCGGAUGGGGCUGGAUGAUCGUAGCCGGUUGUUUCCUCACCACUGUUUGCACACGUGCAGUCACUAGGUGUGUUUCCAUCUUUUUUGUGGAAUUCCAGUCAUACUUUUCCAGAGAUUAUUCUGCAACUGCAUGGAUACAGUCUCUGCUGGACUGCACCACAAUGUUGUGUGCUCCAUUAGGUAGUUAUAUAGGGAACCGCCUCUCUUCUCGUGUAGCUAUCAUGUUUGGUGGGCUUCUUUCCACUGCCGGCCUGCUGCUCAGCUCACUGGCCACCAGUGUGGAGUUCCUGUAUCUCACAAUGGGUGUUCUUACAGGUGUGGGAUUUGCUCUCAGCUACACUUCUGCAAUAGCCAUGGUGGGUUCUUACUUCUGCGAGAGAAAAGCGCUGGCUUACGGGAUCGCCAUGUCUGGCAGCGGCAUCGGAACCUUCAUACUAGCACCUGCUGUCCAACUCCUCAUUGAGUUCUUCUCCUGGAGGGGUGCGCUGCUCAUUCUGGGGGGUUUGGUGUCCCACUUGUGUGUCUGUGGAGCACUUAUGAGGCCUUUGGAAAGUCAAAGUGGGAGACAGAAAGAGAUGGACUUGGAGGGUGGCAAAAAGGUUGAUUGCCUAAAUGUUAAAUUUGCUGAUGCAGGGCACAGUAUGGAGGUUAGUGUACAGGAACAGAGAUUGGUGGAGGUAAAACAUACGUAUAUGACAAAGAGAGGGGAAAAUGAACAUGCUGAGAAUAUGCAGAAUAAUGGAAAAGAACGGAUGGAAUCAAAGCCUUCUGAUGCCAAGCAAACACACUCCAAUGUGGAAAUAAACCUUAGCCAGGAAGACUCAGAGGACUCAGAGACCGUGAUCAGAAGCACAGAUGAAUGGGACAAAGAAUCAAAGCCAAAGUGCUCAGAUACAGACAUCUCAGUCCCCGCUUUAGUACAAUCAAGUGACUUGGACUGUUUGACAACCAACCAAGAGGACACAACUAUCCCAGAAUCAAACACUAACCAAAAUACUUUGGCACUGUCAAAAGUGGCAAACACAAAAUUACUGAAGGAGUCCAGAGACAAUGUAUGGUCUAUCAUAAGGAAAACAGUAUUGAGAGAAUAUUCCUUCCUGAUGAUACCAGACUUCUUAUUGCUGUUGGUGUCCUUCCUGUUCCUUGCAUAUGGUUGCAGUGUGCCAUUUGUGUAUCUUGUGCCAUAUUCCCUGAGUGCAGGUGUCAGUCCACAACAGGCAGCAUUACUCAUGUCCAUACUUGGAGUAUCAGGGAUUGUCGGUACUAUCACUUUUGGAUGGAUUGCAGAUAGAAAGUGUUUGAGGCCAUAUAGGGUGGUGAGUUAUAUGCUGGCUGUGGGGUCAGAAGGGCUGAGUUGUCUCUUUCUGCCUCUGCUGAAUGGGUUUUCCCUGCUCGUCCCCUUUUCUCUCAUCUACGGCUACUUUGAUGGAGCUUACGUGGCACUUAUUCCUGUGGUGACCUCUGACACCGUCAGCUCCACCCACCUGACCUCAGCUCUGGGAGUUGUUUACUUUCUUCAUGCCAUCCCCUACCUCAUCAGCCCACCUAUUGGAGGUUGGCUAGUGGAUCAGACAGGCUCCUACACAGCUACAUUCUUCCUUGGUGGAGUCGCUCUGAUCUGCAGUGCUGUGAUUCUGGCUGCUGUGAGAGUUAUCAUCCGUUGCACUAGAGGGAGCUCUUGCUUAAACUGACUCACAACCAGGUACAAUGGAGAUUUCUAAAGCGGUACAAAAACACUGCGAUAUCGAUGUCAAGAAACAUGAAGGUGCCCCUCCGGAGUUAAAAAGGGUUUUCACGUGUUCCUGAUCUGAAGCUUUUAUCAGUCAGAUUGAUUUCCACAAAUCCAUGCAUUUAUAGAAUUAAUGAACACAGAACUGAACAAAAGAACACACUGCUCUUCUGCUGAAGUACAGGAUGUAUGUUCCAUUUGGUUAUACGUGU